AUGAAUAUUGUGAUUGCAGGAGAGUGGUGGAACGCUAACGUUAUUGAUGUGGAAAACCAAGGGUUAGCCAGCGGUGGUGCUCCUAACAUCUCCAAUGCUUUCACCAUUAAUGGCCGGCCGGGAGAUCUCUACCCGUGUUCUUCAUCUAAAACAUUUAAGAUUAAAGUUGUACAAGGAAAAACAUAUCUCCUACGUAUCGUCAAUGCUGCACUCAAUAAUCAAUUAUUCUUCAAGAUAGCCAACCACAAAAUGACAGUCGUCGCCGUUGACGCCUCCUACACUAACCCGUAUGUCACCGACAUUGUCGUAAUCGCCCCCGGCCAGACCACUGACGUCCUCUUAACCGCCGAUCAGCCACCGGCAUCUUACUACAUGGCAGCACAUCCCUAUGCCAGCGCAGCUGGGGUAUUGGUCGAUAACACGACCACCACCGGAAUAAUCGUCUAUGACGGCGCCACCUCGUCCAAACCCAUAAUGCCGGUGCUACCAGCCUUCAAUGACACCCCUACCGCCCACAAGUUCUACAGCAAUCUAACUGGGUUGGUUACUUCACCCUUCUGGAUCCCAGUGCCACUGAAAGUGGAUGAACCCAUGUUUAUCACUGUGGGCCUAGGCCUGGCUGCAUGUGGAGCAAAUGCCACUUGUGCAGGCCCACUUGGGCAAAGAUUGGCUGCGAGCAUGAACAAUGCAUCUUUCCAAUUCCCCACCAAGUUGUCAAUGUUACAAGCUUUUUUCAAUAACGUUGAUGGAAUCUACACCACUGAUUUUCCUAACCAACCACCAUUGGUAUUUGACUACACUAAUGCAAAUAACAGCUUCAAUCAGUCACUUGUGAUGACAACAAAGUCAACCAAAGUGAAGAAAGUUAAGUUCAAUUCAACGGUUGAGAUGGUGAUGCAGAACACAGCUUUGAUUGGUGUAGAAAACCACCCUAUACACUUGCAUGGAUUCAACUUCCAUGUGUUGGCUCAAGGGUUUGGCAACUUUGAUACCGUCAACGAUCGGAAAAAGUUUAAUCUUGUCAAUCCACAACAACGUAAUACAAUAGCUGUCCCGGUCGGAGGGUGGACAGUUGUUAGAUUUCAAGCUAACAAUCCAGGUGUUUGGCUUAUGCACUGUCACUUGGACGUGCACUUGCCAUGGGGACUCGCCACCUCCUUCGUUGUGGAGAAUGGGGGAACACCGUCGUCUACCCUACCUCCGCCUCCCCCAGAUCUACCCCAUUGCUAG